GUAGAGACAGAGAGAUGGGUGACACGGGUGGAGAGGGGAGCUUGCUGACCAAUCAGCGAACACAAAGGCUUAAACCCUCAGUACCUGCAGCCUUUAUAAUGACUUGUUGCCCGAUCUGCGUGACUAGUUUGCGUCUUCGCUUCCUGACAACGGAACAGGCGCAGGAUACUUACUGUCAGUAGCGGUCAGACUGCGGGAGAAGUGCAACCAUGAUUCACCCCCGGACACUCAGAGUAGAUUAUGGCAAACCGACAAGUGUUUUAUGCGUGGUCGGCUCGGAGCUGACUGUGAACCUCAACAGGAGUGCCCCUCCCAGCACCAAGUUCUUCUCGGUGAAGUGCAGUCCCAGCGUUCAGUACAGAGUCAGCCCCCUGCCCAAGGAGACCUCACACCUCUCUCCCAUCCCUCUCAAUGGAAACUCAGUGCUGCUCAUCAGCAUGAACCGUGCCAGUGAGCAUGAAAAAGACAGCAAGCUGUCUGUCUGGUACUAUGGAGAGAAUAAAAAGGUCUUGGGGCAAGCACUUCUGCAUCUGACAGCUGUUGAGAUCUCUUUGGAUGUUGAUGCUGACAGAGAUGGCAUUGUGGAGAAGAACAACCUUAAUAAGGGCUCCUGGAAAUGGGGUCCUAAUGGGCAUGGAGCCGUCCUGUUGGUCAACUGUGAUUCAGAGCGGACCUACUGGAAGAAACCAGACACGGAGCACAAUGAAGUCUACAGGGUGUCAGAUCUGAAAGACAUGUCACCUAUGGUGCUGCGGACCAAAGGCCCCGCCAAGCUGCCAGAGGGCUACAAGCUCGCCAUGCACAUCUCUCAGACUGAUGCAGAGAGUGUCAGAGUCUUCAUGUCCAGAUCCUCUGGAGUGCCCAAUAACUCACUGCCAUCAAGAUUCUUUAACUACUUUGUGAAGGACUAUUCACUGGUGCUGAACAGUGAGGUCCUGUCACAGGAAGUGCCAUACCUUGGAGGCGAAGCAGAGACACAGUUUUAUGUGGAGGGCCUCAGGUUUCUUGACAAAGACUUCAAUGGUCUUGUCAGCAUCAACCUCAGUCUGUUGGAGCCCAUCUCAGAAGGUCUCCCUGAGACGCCCAUUUUCACAGACAAAGUAGUGUUUAGAGUGACACCCUGGAUCAUGACACCCAACACCUUGCAGCCCGUGGAGGUGUUUGUCUGCAGUACAAAAGAUAACUACCAGUUCCUUAAAGGAAUGAGGAACCUUGUUGCAAAGAGUGGUUACAAGCUGAAGAUCUGCCAUGAGUAUGUGAACAGAGGAGAUCGUUGGAUGCAGGAUGAACUGGAGUUUGGUUACAUCGACUCACCUCAUCACCAGUUUCCUGUUGUUCUGGAUUCCCCUCGAGAUGGAAAGCUCCAGGACUUUCCAUAUAAUGAGCUGCUGGGCCCAGACUUUGGCUAUGUGACAAGGGUGGCCCACAGAAGGGAUGUGAGUAGUCUGGACUCAUUCGGUAAUCUGGAGGUUAGUCCUCCUGUUACUGUGAAUGGAAAAAACUACCCCCUGGGCAGAAUCAUCAUUGGAGUGGCCUUCCCUACGGCAACUAAAGGACGUAACAUGACCAAAGUAGUUCAAGACUUCCUGUGGGCUCAGAAGGUUCAAGAGCCCAUUGCCUUGUUUUCUGACUGGCUCCUUGUUGGCCAUGUAGACGAAUUCCUGACUUUUGUUCCUGCACCUGACAGAAAGGGCUUCCGUCUGCUGCUGGCCAGCCCAGACGCAGGCUACAAGCUAUUCAGGGGCUUACAGAAUGAUGGUCACGGACAAGCCAAACUGUUUGAGGGUCUGAAAGAUGAAGAACCAGUGACAGUGGAUGAUAUCCUCAAGAAUGACAGUCUCCAGUCUGAAAAUAACUAUGUACAGAGCUGCAUCGACUGGAACAGGGAUGUACUGAAGAGAGAGCUGGGCCUGGACGAUGAGGACAUCAUUGACCUGCCAAUCCUCUUUAAGUUAGAGUGGGACAAUGAUGUGUUCAGAGCAGUGGCUUACUACCCUGACAUGGUGAACAUGAUUGUUCUGGGGAAAAACCUUGGCAUCCCAAAGCCUUUUGGCCCCAAGGUGAAUGGACGCUGUGCCCUGGAGGCUGAGAUGUGCUCCCUGAUGGAGGGCCUGGGCCUCAGCUGCAUGUUCAUUGACGACUUCGCCUCCUACCACAAACUGCUGGGAGAGGUGCACUGUGGCUCCAACGUCCGCAGGGAACCAUUUCACUUCAAGUGGUGGAACCUGGAGAUGUGAACAAAAACUGGGGAGAUGGGUUUAAGUUGUAGUCCUUAGGAUUUCAGUGCUGGGAAUAGCUUACUCUGCCAUUAACAAUGAAAACAAAUAUACAGAAAGAUAAUUGCAGAAUGUUGAUACAUUGAGAUGACUGUUGCUGAGAAACGCCAGCUAUAAAUGGCAUAAAAAUGGGUUAUGAUUUCUUGAAAAUCUGGAAAAACAGAUAGACAGGGUUGUUUUCAAUAUGCUAUUUUUUUGGACUUUUUUUUUUUUUAAUCAAAGCCUUACAUUAUCUCUAUGUCUUAAAAUUACAAAAUUUUCUUAUCAGCCAUUUAGCAAUAAGUGGCACUUGUUUCCAAAUACUUUUUGCCUCAUUUUCAUAUCACGAUAUUUACACAGUCACCAUCAACACUUAAGUAGCAAAAAUUACCCAGGGAGUUUCACGAUCUAUUGUAUGCAUCUUUGUCUUUAUUAAACAUUUUCUCUGCUUCAUUUACAAAAAGGAUGUAAAGCAAUAUUUACAAGUCUUUUGAACAAGGGCUUAAGCAGACUUUUGACAAAAACAGAAAUACAAUCAUUUGAAUCAAGCACAUAGAAGAUUCACUCUCAAUCUUGUUGUGGUUUGGAUUAGCCAUUGGCAUACAGUGUAAGCAGAGAUAAACAAAUGGUACCACAUAGUGAUGUAUUAUAAUGUUACAUAACCACCAGAGGGCGUACUUCAUCUACUCAAGCAUUUCCAAAGUCCAGAGGAAAAUAAUUUGAGAUCACAUAUUUUCAUAAAAUCAUCAAUUUCAUAGGCUGUAAUACACAUAUGUGUAAUUAUUAAGAUAUCUUUAUAUUUUUUCUAUGCUGCUUUACCAUACAAUCAAAUGCAAAAUGUUACUUUGUUCUUAGUGAUUUGUUGCUCUAAACAUCUUGAUGAAUACAGUGUAUAGGCUGUUUUUCAGUUGGUCCAGUGUCUUAAACCUUUUGUACUUUCGCAAACUAUAAAUGCUGUCAUUACUUCACUACAGACAAUAAAUUUCAUGUCCGCUUCAGUUAUGUCACUGAAAUAAAACAAUUCCAUGAA